AAAAAAUCGAAGCUGUCAAACUUUACUAAACAUUCUUCAGCAGUGAAGUUUUCAAAAUAAAAUAUUGCUCUGGUGAUACUGAGGAGUUUAGUUUUAAAUUUAUGAUUAAAAAAAUUGUUCAUUGGUUCAGAGACAGACAGAUUUCUUAAAAUGGCUAAUCAAGGAAGACCGAUGGAAUAUGGAGCGUCUACUAAUGACAGGAAAGAAAAUUUGGUUAAUAACGAGUUCAUGUCAGAUGUCGUAUUUUUAAUAGGAAAAAACAAACAGAAAAUAUUCGCUCAUAAGUUAUUUCUCAUAACUUCUUCUGAAUAUUUCUUUGCCAUGUUCAAUGGAAAUUUUCGGGAAUCAGAGGAAAAUGAAAUUGUAUUGGACGAUAUUGAGCCAAAAAUAUUCCUCGAUAUUUUACGUUUCAUAUAUUGUGGAAAAAUUGACCUUACUUUCGAUAAUAUACACGAGAUUUACAUUCAUUCAAGGAAAUACAUGGUCAUUGAAUUACUCAAUAUGGCUUCAGUUUUUUUGGAAAAAAAUAUUGAACCUAAUAAUGUGCUAAAGAUAUUUACUCAAAAUAGAUUUUAUGGAUUUCAGUUUGUUGAUGAAAAGUGUUUGAAGCAUUUGCGAAAUAAUCCAUUGUUCUAUUUUAAUCAUGUAGACUUUUCACUUAUAGACCGAGAUUCCCUUGGCUUGAUACUAAAUUCUCAAAAAAUAAAUUGCACAGAUGAUCAAUUAAUGGGUGCUUUAGAUAUAUGGGAAAAAAACCACGAAAAUGAAAACGUUGACGAAUUGAAAUCCAUAAUCAGAAAUGCAAAGCGUUCGUACGAUUGCUAUAAACUACGCCUGUUUGGUCCCUCGUCAAGUUCUGAAAUGAACGAUUUCGGGUUUUCUAUUACUUCGGAGACGGUUGUAAAUCUUUAUGGCAUAGGAGUUUUUAUUAAAUCGUCCGCAAAGGUUAUUUCAGUUGAAAUGAAGGUAUGGGAAAACGACAUUGAAAUAGGUUGCGAUUUAUUUGAAUAUGAAAAUGAUAAUUUUGUUACAGUAGAUAUCGCGAACCUAUUUUUCGAGCAGAUUGUGUUAUCUCCUCACAACCAUUAUAAAAUUUCGUUAGGCAUAACGCCAGCAAUUGAACCAUUCACAAUACAGAAUCCUAAGAUUCACCAUGAUAGAAUAAAGAUGUCAAUCACAAAUACCAUAUAUGGACGGUGCGAAAGUGUGUAUUGCGCUAUUGCUCAUUUGCAUUGCAAAGAAAGGACAAACAAAGAAUUGUGAACUGCUAGGAAAAAUAUCAAUUGUAAGUGUAUGUUUUCUUUUUUUGUUAGGAUAGUUUUAAUAGUGAAUUAAUAAAAAUGAUGCAUGAAAUGAAAAAAAAAAUUAUC